AUGACUACCUUCAACAAGCUGCAAGCCGAGCACACAGCCACAUCGUCAUCUUAUGACAAUGCUAUCAGGACAGCCGAUGAACUUGUGAAGGCCAACAAGAAAAAGCUCGACGCAGCCGCGGCGCUCCACGACAAGUAUGUCGCAGCCAACGACCUCGCGAAUGUCUACCACGAGAAGUUUAUCACAGAACAGACGUCGAGGACCACCGACAAGCAGAUUGCGGAUACCAGAUACAUGGAAUUAGAGCAGUCGAAGGACGCAGCCAACGAGCUUGCGGAGGUCAACUACACCAAAUACAGGGCCGCAUACGACAAACUCCGCAAGAGCAAUGCAACUGUCUCUACGUCCGUGAACGAAGCCAACAACACUACGACUCCAUUUUCGCGGGCCUACCGCCCAUCGUGGGUAUCAUAUCUGAACUGA